UCUUAGAAGUGUUGUGUAAUUUGAUAUAAAAAAAUGUUGUGUAAAACACCUACUCUUCUUCAUAGAACCUCGCCUAUAAAUAACAACAAUAUAAUAGUGCUGAGCCUUGUUCUAUUUACCAAUCUUCUCCAAAACUAUUUGCGUCCACUAAAAAGAGAGAUAUUAAAACGAUGGAGGCUUAUGAUAAAAGAAAACAUUCGGUCGGCGGCACAACCCUCCACACGUGUCAUCCGUGCCGGCGCGCCGUUCCAUACAGAAUAUACGGCGUAAUUCACACGUGUGGCAUCUUAGCCCUCAUGUACCAUCAUGUUAACUCACUUCUCACAGCAGACACAACCCUGAUAACAUCUCUUCUUCUCUUCUCCGAUGUCAUUCUCGCUUUCAUGUGGGCCACCUCAGCUUCUCUUCGGUUUAACCCGGUUCAUCGGUCCGAGUACCCUGAGAUGUAUGCAGCUAAACCGAAGCAGGACUUUCCGAAGUUGGAUGUGUUUAUAUGCACGGCUAAUCCGUACAAGGAGCCUCCCAUGAUGGUGGUCAACACUGCUUUGUCUGCGAUGGCCUACGAUUAUCCAUCCGACAAGAUCUCGGUCUAUGUAUCGGACGAUGGAGGAUCGUCUUUGACCUUGUUUGCUUUGAUGGAAGCUGCCAAGUUCUCUAAGCGUUGGCUGCCCUAUUGCAAAAAUAACAAUUUUCAGGACCGAUCUCCUGAAGUCUAUUUUUCAUCAAAAUCACAUACUUGGAACGACGAAGCUGAUAAUCUCAAGAUGAUGUACGAAGAUAUGAAGAGCAGAGUAGAACAUGUGGUUGAUAGUGGUAAGGUUGAGACUGAGUAUAUCACAUGCGAUCAAUUUCGUGGGGUAUUUGAUUUGUGGACCCAAAAAUUCACUCGUCAAGAACAUCCCACCAUUAUUCAGGUGUUGCAAAAUAGCGAGACAGACGUGGACGAUUCCGGAAAAUAUAUAAUGCCAAACCUAAUCUAUGUGUCACGGGAGAAGAGUAAAGUUUCACCACACCAUUUCAAAGCCGGUGCUCUCAAUACCUUGCUACGAGUGUCUGGGGUGAUGACAAAUUCACCGGUCAUUCUAACACUAGACUGUGACAUGUACUCGAACGAUCCUACAACCCCGGUUCGUGCCUUGUGCUAUCUAAAUCUAACUGACCCUAAAAUCAAAUCCGGUUUAGGUUUCGUGCAAUUUCCUCAGAAAUUUCAAGGAGUACGCGAGAAUGAUAUCUAUGCAUGCGAGUACAAACGUCUCUUCGACAUCAAUAUGAUUGGGUUUGAUGGGCUUAUGGGACCGAAUCACGUGGGAACUGGCUGUUUCUUCAACCGACGGGUUUUCUAUGGGCCUCCAUCUAAUAUGAUUUCGGCCCAGAUAGAUGAACUUAACCCUAAUCGGAUUGCGGAUAAAUCCAUCGAGGCAAAAGAUGUUUUGGAAUUGGCACAUAAUGUUGCAGGAUGCAGCUACGAGUACAAUACCAAUUGGGGAUCCAAGAUGGGAUUUAGAUAUGGAUCUUUAGUAGAGGACUACUACACUGGAUAUAUGCUCCACUGUGAAGGAUGGAGAUCGGUCUUUUGCAGUCCCAAAAGAGCAGCAUUUUGUGGUGAUGUCCCUAAAAGUCUAAUAGAUGUAGUAAGCCAACAAAAAAGAUGGGCUAUUGGCCUUCUUGAAGUUUCCAUCUCAAGAUAUAGUCCCCUUACCUUUGGAAUCAAAUCAAUGGGAAUAUUAAUGGGUAUCGGUUAUUGUCAAUAUGCAUUUUGGGCGUUCUGGUCAAUACCUCUCAUCGUAUAUGGGGUAUUGCCUCAACUUGCCCUCCUAUAUGGGGUUAGCGUCUUUCCCAAGUCAUCGGAUCCAUGGUUUUGGCUCUACAUCUUUUUGUUCUUUGGUGCUUAUGCGCAAGAUCUACUAGACUUCGUAUUAGAAGGAGGAACUUAUGGCGGAUGGUGGAACGAUCAAAGAAUGUGGAUGAUAAGAGGAUUCACUUCAUUUUUCUUUGGCUCCAUAGAGUUCACUCUUAAAACCCUAAACCUAUCCACUCAUGGAUUCAACCUCACCAGCAAAGCCAAUGGAGAUGAUGAACAGGGAAAGAGAUAUGAGAAAGAGAUCUUUGAUUUUGGGCCCCCUUCGUCCAUGUUCUUGCCCUUGACUGCGGCCGCGAUCGUAAACCUCUUUGCCUUUGUUUGGGGGACUUAUGGCUUUUUUAUAUGGGGAGAAAGACUUGUUCUUGAGUUGAUGUUGGCGAGUUUUGCAGCGGUGAAUUGCUUGCCAAUUUAUGAAGCUAUGAUGUUGAGAAACGAUGCCGGAAAAUUACCAAAAAGGGCAAGUUUAUCAGCUGGGAUCCUCACAUUUGCUCUGAUUGUGUCAGGUUACUUCUUCCUCAAGUAACUGCGUGAAUUAGCAUUAUGUUCUUACAUUUACAAUAACGUUAUGUUUGGAAUGUGGUAAACUAGACGCAUGAAAUAAUAAUGUGAUGAAAUUCCCAUC